AUGCUUUUCCACAGUCUGUCCGGCUCGGAGAUGCACGGGGUCAUCGACGAGAUGGAUCGGAGAACCAAAAGCGAAGCACCGGCCAUCAGCUCGGCUAUAGACAGGGGAGAGACCGAAACGACCAUGCCUUCCAUCAGCAGUGACCGGGCUGCCCUGUGCGCCGGCUGCGGGGGGAAAAUCUCCGACCGUUAUUACCUCCUGGCUGUGGAUAAGCAGUGGCACAUGCGCUGCCUGAAGUGCUGUGAAUGUAAACUCAACCUGGAGUCCGAGCUCACCUGCUUCAGCAAGGACGGCAGCAUUUACUGCAAGGAGGAUUACUACAGGAGGUUUUCGGUGCAGAGAUGCGCCAGAUGCCACCUGGGGAUCUCCGCCUCCGAGAUGGUGAUGCGGGCCAGGGACUUGGUUUAUCACUUAAACUGCUUCACUUGCACCACUUGCAACAAGAUGCUGACCACCGGCGACCACUUCGGCAUGAAGGACAGCCUGGUGUACUGCCGGCUCCACUUCGAGACGCUCAUCCAGGGGGAGUACCCGGCCCACUUCAACCACUCGGACGUGGCCGCGGGGAAGGGCCCGGCGCUGGGAGCGGGCUCCGCCAGCGCCUUGGGACUGCCUUACUACAACGGCGUGGGGACUGUCCCGAAGGGGGCCAGGAAGAGGAAGAGCCCGGGGCCGGGGGCGGACCUGGCAGCCUACAACGCAGCUUUAAGUUGCAAUGAAAACGAUGGUGACCACCUGGAUAGAGACCAGCAAUACCCCAGCAAUCAAAAAACAAAGCGUAUGAGGACAUCAUUCAAACACCACCAGUUGCGGACAAUGAAGUCAUACUUUGCUAUUAACCACAAUCCUGAUGCCAAGGACUUGAAACAGCUAGCUCAGAAAACCGGCCUGACCAAGAGAGUCCUUCAGGUUUGGUUUCAAAAUGCUCGAGCCAAAUUCAGACGGAACCUCUUACGUCAAGAAAACACAGGGGUGGAUAAGACUUCAGACUCAACACUCCAAGCAGGGACCCCAUCAGGUCCUGCCUCAGAAAUAUCCAAUGCCUCCAUGAGUCCAUCCAGCACUCCCACUACUUUAACGGACUUGACUAAUCCUACUAUGCCUACUGUGACAUCUGUCUUGACGUCAGUGCCGGGAAGCCUUGAGGUUCAUGAAUCUCGAAGUCCUUCACAGACAACUCUUACAAAUCUUUUCUGAUGACUAUUUCCUAAUAAUUUCUUUAAAAAAGAAAUUAUUCUUAGUUGAAAUUCCAAGUGUAUUUUAAUAGAGGCUUUGAGCAACUGACUAACCACAAUUAGGAUCUCUCCUAAAAAACGGAAGGAAAUGUAGUGUUCUGGUAUUACGGAGUAUAGACUGAAGAAUAACUUGGAAGAUCUACUGCAACACAACAUUUGUGUAACUGUACAGUUUUGUGGACUGAGCAAGGGAAACAGCAAUUAAUUUAAGUUGGCUAAAGCUUCUGUAUUUUCAAAGACUGCCAUGUGCCUUAUAUACUGUUUUAUCUACAUACUUUGGAUUCCAUGUCUACUUCUCUCUUUUUCUCUCUGUAUAUUUAUGACCAGGGCAAAAAUGUUAAGAGUUUGUUACUUUGAAUAGUCCUAAGCCUUUCAUUGGUUGCUUUGUUGUUUUAGAAUUUUAAGGUCGAAAUCUGUUCGAAUACCAGAAUUUGUAAAAUCUAACAGUAAUAAAACCACUUAUGGA